ACGGAAGUUCAGUCUGUAAUGGUGAACAGAGGAGUUGGAUCGCUGUGCGAAGGACAAAAUGCUCAGUUUUGUGUUUUUGCUUUUCCUGGGAAUCCACAGCACUGAAGCUUUGACCCAUUCUCUGAAGUUUUUCUACACUGGAUCUUCUCAAGUCCCAAACUUCCCAGAGUUUGUGAUUGUUGGGUUGGUUGAUGAUGUUCAGAUUGAUUACUAUGACAGCAACACACAGAAAAUGGUGCCAAAACAGGACUGGGUGAAUGAUGCAGUAGAUCCACAGUUCUGGGAGAGGAACACUCAAAUGGCUGUGGGUCAACAGCGGAGCUUCAAAGCCAACAUUGAAGUUGCGAAGCAGCGCUUCAACCAAACUGGAGGAAUUCACAUAAACCAGAGAAUGCUUGGCUGUGAGUGGGAUGAUGAGACUGGAGAAAUUAAAGGCUACGACCAGUAUGGUUAUGAUGGAGAAGAUUUUGUGGCAUUUGAUCUGAAAUCAAAAUCCUGGAUCGCACCAACACCAGAAGCUGUUAAAACCAAAAACAAGUUGGACAUUAAUAAAGGUCUUAAUGCAGGUCUUAUGAACUACCUAACCCAGAUUUGUCCUGAGUGGCUGAAGAAGUAUUUGAGCUAUGGGAGGAGCUCUCUGAUGAGAACAGUUCCUCCAUCAGUGUCUCUCCUCCAGAAGUCGUCAUCCUCUCCAGUCACCUGCUACGCUACAGGUUUCUACCCCAACAAAGCAGAAAUACUUUGGAGGAAAGAUGGAGUAGAGAUUGAAAACAGGGUGGAGAAAAGAGAGAUUCUUCCCAACAACGAUGGGACCUUCCAGAUGAGUGCUGAGCUGAAACUUUCCGCAUCUGAAGACUGGACAAAAUACGACUGUGUGUUUCAGCUCUCAGGUGUCGACAAAGAUCUUGUCAUCCCACUGGACAAAGCAAACAUCAAGACUAAUGCAGGAAAUUUCCUUUUCCUGAUUCUUACCAUUGUUGCAGCAGUUGUCCUCAAUACCUCUGCUGUGAUUGUUGGAAUUGUUUUGUUCAAGAGGAAGAAUGCAAAACGCCCUCCAUCCCCUGUUGAAAACGCUGAGGUCCAGGAGCAAAUGAUGCCAAAAUAAACCGCAGUUUUGGAUGAAGUUUGAACUGGAGUGAGAUCACAACCUUCUACAUAUAAUAAGGUUCCACAUUCAAAUCAUCAAUUGACAAUAGCUGAGUCUUAAACCUUGACUUAUAUUCUAAAUAAUUUCGGUUCAAAUGAUAAAUUAAAAAAAAAAAAGUUUUACAAACAUGAGAAUAAUAUAAUAUUUUGAUUUAUAGUAUGUGGGAGAGGGAAUCUUUUGCAAGCAUUGUGUUAUUUGUUGGUAAAUAAAAUCUUCUUACCUUCUGAAGUCAUUUACAAUGAAGUAGGAUCAGUGGCUUAUCAAGGUAACUUCAGAUUUGAUUUUGGAUUUUUGGUGAGACAAAGUUUAACCUGAAUCUGCCGCCACAGUAAAUUAUUCCAGAAUCAUUGUGGUUUGACUUAAUGAACUGUUGUCCUAAAUAACACAUUAAUUUACAGAUUUUUAUUUUUGCCUUUAAGGUUUUCUGUUUUUGUUUGGUGUAAUAUAUCUUUAAAUUAAUCCUAAAUCAGAUGUUAAUAACCCAAAUGAUCAGUAAUCCAAACUUCUCUAGUGUUGUGGUAUAGCAAUGUAACUGUCGAUAACUGACUGACUGACUGAAGGUAAAUAAAACCUGAUGAGUUGAAUCUGACCCUUUGCAGCUCUUAGUGGAAAAAGCAGAAAAAAUAAAAUGUUUAUUUUUCCAUCACUUUAAGUCUGCUUCAUAAGGAAAAGUUUAAAUUUCUCUCCAUCACUGUAGAUAUUUUUUUUCUUUCAAAGUGACUUUUAUCUUCCCUUGUUCUUUUCUAUGUAUAAUUUUGGAUGAUUUAACAUAUUUUGACACUUUUAUUACUGUGUGAUUUUUCUUUUUAGUACCUUGUUACUUGUUCUGAUAAACAGAUUGAAUUAAAUCACUUCAUUUGUGGGA